AUGAACCGCCGAUACCAGCCCGCUGUACCCAAAAAUCUCCUGCUCUGCCUUACAUUUUUCGGCAUCGGUAUCUGCGCGAUCACCUGCACUUCUACGGAUCGUCUCCAGGCACGUUGCUACUUCCUGCAGCAGCUUCACAUGCUCCUCAAAUGUCCGGGAAAUUACCAACAGGUCUUCCAAGUAUACGAAUACAUGGCUUUGGAGUCGCUGUGGAAUUACGCGGUCCAUCAACCGACACAACCGCUGGGCUGCGUUGCACAAGCCGAAAGUCAUCAAUUUAAGCUGGUCGUGGCCUCCCUGGCACCACGGUGUCCUCUAUGUGGCUCAGGAUUGCCUCUGUACUCUGCAAUUGGCUUCCGCACCAGAGUCACCCGAAGGCUCCACGGGCUUUCGCUCAGUUUGAUAACCCCAAGACGCAACAUUUCGUCGACUUCCGCAAACAACAGCUCCUGCACAGCCGGGGACACCGGGUAUAAGCGUUCCUUCACGGGUACGGCUCCCUCGACGAGGCGUAUCUCGUGCCUUUCAACGUCGUUCUUCGCAGUCCGUGCUUGUCAAAACACCGAAGCCUCUCUUUCACCUGGUCCAACCGAAUCUGCUGUGCCUCUUCCCGACUAUAUGCGGAGGUUAUCCGAACUGUCGCCAGAAAUCGACCCACAGAUAGAGUGCCUGCUUCAACGAGAGACACAGGAACAAUUCCAUUGUUUGCUUUUGGUCCUCAUUUGUCAUCACUGCCGUUACAUGGCCCAGAAUCUGAUGAGGCUCACUGAUGCCAUUGUAUCCAGCGUGUAUCCCCGUGAGCUAGCUGGGAGCGAUAUACCAGGGCGGCAAAAAGGCGGAUCAUAACAAAUGUCGCCCAAUUUUAAAACGGAAGGUAGCGGUUUUG